GCGAAAGCUUCGACAUGUCUGGGUGGGAUCCGUCUGGGUGACACACGCGGUUCGGUGUGUCGCACUUUGACAACAUACCCCUGUAAAAAAGGCAGCAUGCGUUGGUUAUCAUGAUCUUGUUGACCUCCUGAGGGUCCACCAUGUCGCUCAAAGGCUACCACGAAGCCUCGCUGCAUCCGCCGGCCGCGUACGAUGCGGCGGCGCCGGAGGAGUGGGAGUGGGACUGGGGGGAAGCCCUCCUCGACAGAUCCGCCUACAUGGUCGACAAGAAAGACCACCAGAAAAACCAUACCUCCGCCUGCCAUCGAUUCCGGAGGAACCUGCGCGGCAGGGAGGUGAAGGUGGAGAUGCAGGUGAGCCUGUUCAUGGCGCCGCCGCCUCGCGUCUCCUACUUCUGCUGCUCCGCUAACCGCACCGACGACGCCGACGACGAGCACCGGGAACAAGAAGACGCCCCCCGCCUGUUCGUCCGCGAGCCUUGGAUGAUCGCCACGGCGGGCGACCUUGCCCUCCUCACCCUCUGCCACGGCCACAACCGUGCCUUCUACGGCGAAAACAGCAACUACGACUACUUCCUCUACCAGGCAGCAGCCUCGCCGGCGGGGUCGCCGGAGCUCACCCGGCUCCCGCGGCCCCAACCCGACAUGCUGCCAGCUUUUGGAACUCGCUGCUUCCCUACCGGCAGUAUCGGUGUCUUGCGUUACCACAGCAACAGCCCCAAGGAUGAUGCCUGUGAUGCCUACAGGAUCGCGGCGCUCGCCUACGACCCUUUCCACCCCGGCCAUUCCGGAUACUACCUGUGCACCUACGACUCCAAGGACCCUCGGUGGAGACGCACGCCCACUGCCUCUCCACAGCCACCGCCGCCUGACGACUUUGUGUCCAGCAAGGUCAUCACCAUCCGCCGUUCCGGGGCAUCAUCAGGUUCGUCGACCUUCAGGUCCACGCCGAACCCAGCCCGCGCUCGCAAACGCCUAGCGGCUGGACGGUGGUCACGUGGACCUUGGAGGGGCUCAAUGGCGGUCUGGACGCCAUGUUUUUCCGGCAGGAGCACGAGAUCCAUUCUGGAGAUAUCCACGGCUACAACCUGCCCCAGUCUCUCUUUGUUUCCAACCCCAUCCUCAGCUCCCACAGUGAUGGCGUCCUCUACCUCUUGACCAAUGCCAGCAGCGAAAACACCAACACCAGGACGUCGAAGGUGAUUGCUCUUGACCUCAACCAGAAGACGCUGCUGGACGUGCAGGAAUUCGACAUGCAAAGACCCAGCUCCUACAUGGCCACCAGCAUCUCCAGCUAUCUCAUGCCAGCUGCUGCAGGUAUGAGUCUUGGUAAUCUGUACUGUGAUCCUCUAAUGGUUCAUGGAGGCCAGAAGAUCACAGCGAGGCAGCGAUGGACACCAACCCAGAUGCAGCUGCAGAUCCUCGAGAUCGUUUUCAACCAAGGAAAUGGAACACCAAGCAAGCAGAAGAUAAAAGACAUCACAGCGGAGCUCUCGCAGCAUGGCCAGAUCUCGGAGACCAACGUCUACAACUGGUUCCAAAACAGACGUGCACGCUCGAAGCGGAAGCAAGCAGCUUCUUCUCUACCAAAUAACGCUGAAUCCGAAGCCGAGGGGGAUGAGGAGUCCCUGACCGACAAGAAGCCUAGAUCAGAUGGGUCACAGCAGCAGAACAUGGCUGUGAGAGCUCACAACCCUGAGAGGAUCUCAGAGAUGCACCGCCACUUCGACGCAGCAGAGCGUGAGCAGGUCCGUGGUCCAAUGAUGUAUGGGUCCAGCAACGACACCUCAAGGUCGUAGGGUGGUCUGGUCUAGAUGUCCUUCUAUGAGAAUGUCAUGUUGAAUCCAAGAAUCGACCAGUUCUUCCAGUACCAGACGGGCGAAAGCUUCGACAUGUCUGGGUGACACGUGGUUUGGUUUGUCGCACUUUGACAACAUACCCCUGUAAAAAAAGGCAGCAUGCGUUGGUUAUCACGGUCUUGUUGACCUCCUCCUGAGAGUAAUUUAGCUCGAGUGGAAUUCGUUUGAUUUUCUCGUGGAAAUAGUUUUGAGAAGCUGAUAUAGUAUCAUUUGCCCUUAGCCUAUAUAUAUUUUCUUCAAGGUGUCUGUAUGCACGCUCACGGUUUGCAGUUUUAGUAGGUAAGCUGUUCUGGGUAUUCGUUUAUGUCAGACUCAGUGUUACAGUGUAAGCCUGUAAGAACCAGUGAUUAUUGCACACACAUUGCUCUU